AAGGUCCUGGUGGAGGUGGAUAUUUUGGGCUUUAGACUGGCCUGUGUUGUGACUGACUAGCUCAUGUGACCUUGGGCAAGUUGAUAACAUCCCAUGGAGCUUUUAUUCUCUUGUCGGUAAACUGAAGAAGACAAGACAGCUAACUUUGCCAGGUUGUUUUGAGCCUGCGAGGAGCUCCGUGAAGUGUCACCACCGCCCCCCACCCCAGUCGCUGCUGUUUCUAUUUUUGUGGACAGUCUUCAGAACUGGACUCGGUUUCUGCAUCCCCAGGAUCCAGAGAAUUGCCCACCGCUGUUUCUUGCCCAGGCCCGAAAAAAGCCAGAACCAGAGCCUAUUUGAACAGAAGGGCUUGCCAGAGGAAUUUUCCAAGUGCCCAAAGGCCAGCCCUUGAAGUGCCUGUGGUCAGCCCGGGAGGCCCUCGCUGAGAUUUGGGGAUCGGCUCUACCUCAGGCCAUGCCAGGCCAGGGUCUGCCCCUUCGAGUGGCCACCCUGCUGACGGGGCUGCUGGAAUGCCUUGGCUUUGCAGGAGUCCUCUUCGGCUGGGCAUCACUGGUGUUUGUCUUCAAAACAGAGCAUUACUUUGAGGAGCUAUGUGAACCGGAUGUGGGGCCGAUGGGCAAUGUCACAGGGGAGGCUGACUGCAAAGCCCAGGAUGAGAGGUUCUCACUCAUCUUUACCCUGGGGUCCUUCAUGAACAACUUCAUGACAUUCCCCGCCGGCUUCAUCUUUGACAGGUUCAAGACCACCGUGGCUCGUCUCAUUGCCAUGGAUUGGGCUGUUGCGACCCCACGUGGGAGGACCUUGGCUCUCUCUACUCUGCCCUCUGGACAACACUUUCCAUCUCCCGUUGUACGUUUCAGAUUUCUCUACACCAGCGCCACACUCACCAUAGCCUUCACCUCUGCAGACUCAGCCCUGCUGCUCUUCCUGGCCAUGCCCAUGCUUACUGUGGGAGGAAUCCUGUUUCUGAUCACCAACCUGCAGGUUGGGAACCUCUUUGGCAAACACCGCUCAACCAUCAUCACCCUCUACAACGGGGCGUUUGACUCCUCCUCGGCAGUCUUCCUUGUCAUCAAGCUGCUUUAUGAACAGGGCGUCAGCCUCAGGGCCUCCUUCAUCUUCCUCUCAGUCUGCAGUGCCUGGCAUGUAGGGCGCACUUUCCUCCUGAUGCCCCGAGGCCACAUCCCCUAUCCACUGCCCCCCAACUACAGCUACGGGGGCUUCUGUGUCCGUAGCCUGCACUCCAGGACUGACACCACUGAGGGAGAGAAGAACACAGCGGAGUCUGAUAAGGUGGAGAUGCAGACCAAGGAGUUCCCUCCAGCAAAGGAAGAGACCGUGGAACCAGGGAGGAAGCAGGAGCACCGCUCUUUCUGGCGUUACGCCCUCUCCCAGCGCUUUGCCUGCCACCUGGUGUGGCUGUCCGUCAUACAGCUGUGGCAUUACCUCUUCAUCGGCACCCUCAACUCGCUGCUCACCAACCUGGCUGGCGGGGACAGAGCGCUGGUCAGCACCUACACAAAUGCCUUCGCCAUUACUCAGUUCUUCGGGGUGCUGUGUGCCCCCUGGAACGGCCUGCUCAUGGACCGGCUCAAGCAGAAGUACCAGAAGGAAGCCAAAAACACAGGGUCCUCGGCCACGACGGUGGCCCUCCGCUCGGCCGUGCCUUCUCUGGCCCUGACGUCUCUGCUGUGCCUGGGCUUCGCCCUCUGUGCCUCGGUGCCCAUCCUGCCCCUCCAGUAUGUCACUUUCAUCCUGCAAGUGAUCAGCCGCUCCUUCCUGUACGGGGGCAACGCUGCCUUCCUCACCCUCGCUUUCCCUUCGGAGCACUUUGGGAAGCUCUUUGGGCUGGUGAUGGCCUUAUCAGCCAUUGUAUCUCUGCUCCAGUUCCCUAUCUUCACCUUCAUCAGAGGCCCGCUCCAGAAUGACCCGCUCUACGUGAACGUGAUGCUGGUCCUUGCCACUGUGUUGACGUUCGUCCACCCCAUCAUGGUGUACUGGGAGUGCCGGCAGGAAUGGGGCUCUCCUGCUACCGCCUAGCUCAGAAGCUCUCGCUUUCCAGCCCCAACGAUGCUUUGCUAAUCUUUCCCCACCUUUGAGGACCCCACGUCCAGGAGUACUUGGCCUGCGCAGGCUACUGAUAAGUAGCCAUUACUUUUUCUUUCUUUUUUUGUUUUUAAAAAAAGACAUUUAGCUGCUAGCACACGCUUGGAUUCGCAAGAGAAGACGAUCCGGCGCCACGCUGAUUGCUGCCCUGUAGGCCCUGAGCAAAGGCGCACGGAAGUUCUUGGUUUCGGAGCAGGAAGCAUAUGACUUUGGUAGACACCUGGUCUCAGGGGAGGUGAUGUGAUGAGGGAGGAAGUGUGCCCCCUACUUCUUCGGACCUCUUUGGCCGUUAAGCCUGUGUGUGCCGAGCCCUUCGCGCCAGGCAAGCCUCCAGGUGAAGAAUGAGCUGGUCAUGACCUUGGCCGUCGCGCUCGGCACUUAGAGGUGGCUCCCUCCGCGCUUUACCGUGGGCAUCAUAUAAAACAUUUCUCUGGGGAAUAAUCUUAGAGAAAAAUAAAACCUCUCUGCCGAAGGCAA